UGUCAGACGGUCCCUGGUGUCCCGGAAGCGGAAGUGUGUCCGUGCGGCCGAGUUGCGGUUCCCCCGCUCGGUGGUUCCGGUGUGGGAGGUUCCGGUGGUGUUGGUCGGUCGGUUGGUCGGGAUGUCGGACUCGGAGAGCGAUGAUGAGAGGCCCUUCCCUCUGACCGGGUUCCUGUUCGGGAAUAUUAAUGAGGACGGACAGCUGGAGGAUGACUGCGUGCUGGACAAGGAGUCGAAGAAGCACCUGGCGGGGUUGGGGACGCUGGGCCUGGGCAGUCUGAUCACAGAGCUCACCUCCAGUGUAGAUGACGCUGCGGAGACAGACGGGGACAGCCUGGAUGAUGAUGGAUGGGUGAAGAGCACGGAUGACGCCAUUGAUUACUCGGACAUCACUGAGGUGGCUGAAGAUGAGUCCCGCCGGUACAGACAGGCCAUGGGAAGCCUCACCCUCUCCCGGAGAUCAGAUGAUGAUGACGAUGAUUACGAUGCGGAUUGUGAAGACAUCGAUUCCAAGCUCAUGCCGCCUCCCCCACCUCCCCCGGUGUCCAGUAAAAAGGAUGAAGAGAAAGGACCGUCAUCCACAGCCCCUGAAGACGGAGAUGGAAUUAUCUUGCCGUCAAUCAUCGCCCCGUCUUCGGCCAAUGUAGACAAAGUGGACUUCAGCAGUUCUUCGGAUUCGGAAUCUGAGAUCGGACCUCAGGAACGGGGGAAGGGUGACGGCAAGGAGCGGACGCUGACCUUACCUCUGGCGGGAAUAAUGCAGAGAGACGACACCAAACUACUUCCCAACGUGACCGAGCUUUUCCCCGAGUUCAGACCUGGAAAGGUCUUGCGCUUCCUCCGGCUGUUUGGCCCCGGGAAGAACGUGCUGUCGGUGUGGCGCAGCGCUCGCAGGAAGAGGAGGAAGAAGCACCGGGAGCAGACGCAGGAGCCGCACACCAAAGAAGAAGGAGGAGAAGGAGACGUGGAGGCGGUGAUAGAGAAGAGAUCCUGCUGGGAGUAUGAAUAUGCACCUCCCCCGCCCCCCGAGCAAUGCCUCUCCGAUGAUGAGAUCACCAUGAUGGCUCCCGUGGAGUCCAAGUUCUCUCAGUCCACGGGGGACACGGAUAAGGUGGCGGACACAAAGCCGAGGAUUGCAGAAUGGCGCUACGGCCCGGCACAGCUGUGGUACGAUAUGCUGGGAGUGUCGGAGGAUGGCAGCGGAUUUGAUUACGGCUUUAGGCUGAAGGAUGAAAAUGAUGAGGAGGAGGAAAUGGAAGUGGCAGAAAAGGAGACAGAAAAGGAGACGGAAAUGGAGACAGAGAAGAAAAAGGAGCCCCCCGAGGAAAACCCGGACAGCCAGUUCCAGGAUGAGCACUUCCUGAUGGUGACACAGCUCCAGUGGGAGGACGAUGUCAUCUGGAAUGGAGAAGACGUGAAGCACAAAGUCACCAAGACUCAGAGAGCCAGUUUGGCGGGGUGGCUUCCUUCCAGCAUGACCCGAAACGCCAUGGCCUACAACGCCCAGCAAGGACUGAAUCGCACCGGAUCGCUGCUCAAUCUCCCAACACCACUUGUGCAAAAACCCAGUUUAUCCGCCGUGCUCAUCUCCUCUAAAGGGAAAGAGAAGCAUCCUCCCGAGCAGCAAGUGUCUGUAGAAGAGGACCGCCCGUGGUUUUCAAUUUUCCCCAUUGACAAUGAAGAGCUGGUGUAUGGACGAUGGGAGAACAACAUCAUCUGGGAUGAUCAGGCCAUGGACAGACUAUUGGCCCCGCCGGUCCUCACCUUGGAUCCCAACGAUGAAAACAUUAUCCUAGAAAUCCCGGAUGAAAAAGAGGAAACAACAUCAAAUUCACCUUCUAAAGAAAGCAAAAAGGAAUCCUCUUUAAAGAAAAGUCGAAUCCUGUUGGGUAAAACGGGCGUGAUAAAAGAGGAGCCGCAGCAGAACAUGUCCCAGCCGGAGGUGAAGGAUCCCUGGAAUCUGUCCAAUGAUGAGUUUUAUUACCCCAAACAGCAAGGAUUGCGGGGAACCUUCGGAGGAAACAUCAUCCAGCAUUCUAUUCCGGCCGUGGAGCUCAGACAGCCAUUCUUCCCCACACACAUGGGUUCAAUGAAGCUCAGACAAUGCCAUCGUCCUACGCUGAAGAAAUACUCGUAUGGCUCUCUGUCCCAGCCGGGGCCGCACUCCUGCCAACCGCUGCUCAAACACAUCAAGAAGAAGGCAAAGAUGCGGGAGCAGGAGCGCCAGGCGUCGGGAGGAGGAGAGAUGUUCUUCAUGCGCACCUCUCAGGAUCUGACCGGCAAAGAUGGAGACCUCAUUCUGGCCGAGUACAGUGAGGAGAACCCGCCGCUGAUGAUGCAAGUUGGAAUGGCCACCAAAAUAAAGAACUAUUAUAAAAGGAAACCAGGCAAAGACCCCGGAGCCCCAGACUGCAAAUUCGGGGAGACGGUGUAUUGUCACACGUCGCCGUUCCUCGGCUCCUUACACCCCGGACAGUUACUGCAGGCUUUUGAAAACAAUCUUUUUAGAUCCCCAAUAUAUUUGCACAAGAUGCCGGAAACGGACUUCCUGAUCAUUCGCACGCGGCAAGGUUACUACAUACGUGACUUGGUGGACAUCUUUGUGGUGGGACAGCAGUGUCCCCUCUUUGAAGUUCCCGGACCCAACUCCAAACGGGCCAACACCCACAUCCGUGACUUCCUGCAGGUUUUCAUCUAUCGCCUUUUUUGGAAAAGUAAGGACCGGCCUCGUAGGAUCCGCAUGGAGGACAUCAAGAAGGCUUUCCCUUCCCAUUCAGAAAGCAGCAUCAGGAAGAGACUGAAGCUCUGUGCCGACUUUAAGAGGACCGGAAUGGACUCUAAUUGGUGGGUGUUGAAGCCGGAUUUCCGUUUACCAACAGAAGAAGAAAUUCGAGCGAUGGUGUCCCCCGAACAGUGCUGUGCUUAUUAUAGCAUGCUGUCUGCAGAGCAGAGGUUAAAGGAUGCCGGCUAUGGAGAGAAAUCUUUUUUUGCCCCAGAGGAAGAAAAUGAAGAAGAUUUCCAGAUGAAGAUCGAUGAUGAGGUGAGGACGGCUCCCUGGAACACGACAAGAGCCUUCAUCGCUGCAAUGAAAGGGAAAUGUCUGCUGGAGGUGACGGGGGUAGCUGACCCCACAGGGUGCGGGGAAGGAUUCUCCUAUGUGAAGAUUCCUAACAAGCCGACUCAGCAGAAGCAAGACGAUAAAGAGCCGCAGCCUGUGAAGAAAACUGUGACUGGAACGGACGCCGAUCUGCGACGACUUUCACUGAAAAAUGCCAAACAACUGCUGAGGAAAUUUGGAGUACCGGAGGAAGAGAUUAAGAAGUUAUCUCGCUGGGAAGUGAUUGACGUCGUGAGAACCAUGUCCACGGAACAAGCGCGCUCGGGGGAGGGGCCCAUGAGUAAAUUCGCCCGAGGUUCCCGCUUCUCGGUGGCCGAACACCAGGAGAGAUACAAGGAGGAAUGCCAGAGAAUAUUCGAUCUGCAGAACAAGGUGUUGGAGUCGGCGGAGGUUUUGUCCACAGACACAGACAGCAGUUCCGCAGAAGACAGCGACUUCGAGGAGAUGGGGAAGAACAUCGAGAACAUGCUCCAGAACAAGAAGACGAGUUCCCAGCUUUCCCGGGAGAGAGAAGAGCAGGAGAGGAAGGAGCUGCAGAGGAUGCUGAUGGGGGAAGACAGCGGCAACGACAAAGAGAGGAACCGCAAGAAGGACAGGAAGGGACUGUCCACCGGCUCGGCUGCUUCGGGAGGAUCUCACAAAGACGACGACACGGCAUCAGUGACCAGUUUAAAUUCUGCAGCGAGCGGCCGCCGACUGAAGAUCUACCGAACGUUCCGAGAUGAAGACGGUAAAGAAUACGUGCGCUGUGAGACGGUGCGCAAACCCUCCGUCAUCGACGCCUACAGCCGGAUCCGCACCACCAAAGACGACGAGUUCAUUAAGAAGUUUGCUCUCUUUGAUGAACAACAUCGGGAAGAGAUGAGGAAAGAAAGGCGAAGGAUCCAGGAACAGCUUCGUAGACUGAAACGCAAUCAGGAGAAGGAGAAGCUCCGAGGACCUCCUGAGAAGAAACCAAAGAAGAUGAAGGAGCGGCCGGAUCUCAAGCUGAAAUGUGGAGCCUGUGGGGCGAUCGGACACAUGAGGACCAACAAGUUCUGUCCCCUCUACUAUCAGACGAACGCCCCUCCAUCCAAUCCCGUGGCCAUGACCGAGGAGCAGGAAGAGGAGCUGGAGAAAACCGUCAUUCACAAUGACAACGAGGAGCUGAUUAAAGUGGAAGGAACCAAAAUUGUUUUGGGCAAACAGCUGAUUGAAAGUGCUGAUGAGGUGCGGAGGAAAUCUUUGGUCCUGAAGUUCCCUAAACAGCAACUUCCCCAGAAGAAGAAGAGAAGAGUGGGGAGCACCGUGCACUGCGACUACCUCAAUCGCCCCCAUAAAUCCAUUCACCGCCGAAGGACCGAUCCCAUGGUCACCCUGUCCUCCGUGCUGGAAUCCAUCAUCAAUGACAUGAGAGAUAUGCCCAAUAGCUAUCCAUUCCACAGCCCUGUCAAUGCCAAAGUAGUAAAAGAUUAUUACAAAAUUGUGACCAAUCCGAUGGACCUGCAAACGCUGAGGGAGAACGUGCGCAAGCGGAUGUACCCGUCCCGCGAGGAGUUCCGCGAACAGGUGGAGCUGAUUCUGAAGAACAGUAUACUAUACAAUGGACCCAAACACUCGCUGACUCAGAUCUGUCAGGUCAUGCUGGACCUGUGUGAUGAGAAACUCCGAGAGAAGGAGGACAAGUUGGCCCGGCUGGAGAAAGCCAUUAACCCCUUACUGGACGACGACGAUCAGGUGGCCUUCUCCUUCAUCCUGGACAAUAUCGUCACCCAGAAGAUGAUGGCCGUGCCGGAUUCAUGGCCGUUCCAUCUUCCUGUCAACAAGAAGUUUGUUCCCGACUAUUAUAAAGUCAUCCCGCAUCCGAUGGACCUGGAGACGAUCCGCCAGAAUAUUUCCAAGCACAAGUAUCAGAAUCGGGAGAUCUUCCUGGCCGACGUCAAUCUGAUCUGUACAAACAGCGUCAAGUAUAACGGUGCGGACAGUCAGUACAGUAGAACGGCGCAGGAGAUUGUGAAUAUUUGCAGUCAGACUCUGGCGGAGUAUGAUGAACAUCUCACCCAACUAGAGAAGGACAUUUCCACCGCCAAGGAGGCCGCUCUGGAUGAAGCCGAUCUGGAGAGCUUGGAACCCAUGACCCCCGGACCCUAUACCCCCCAGCCUCCGGAUUAUUACGACACGAACACGUCGCGCGAUGCCUCCCUCUACCUGGAUGAAAGCAACAUGUCCGCCACCGAGGCGGCCACCGCGUCCCUGGGGAGGAGGAGUCUGAUGCGGUUGGGACGAGGACAUCUGGGGGAAGAUGACUCGGAUAUUGACAUUGAAGCGUAUGAAGAUGAUGAUGAUGGGAAACCGAAGACGCCGGCUCCUGAGAUGAUGGAGGAUGUGGAUGGAGAUCUGGGCGAGGAGGAGAUCACGGUGCAGCAUCCUCAGGCCAGCGUCCUCUAUGAGGAUUUAUUGAUGUCGGACGGUGAAGAUGAUGACGACGGGAGUGACGAGGAAGGAGAUAACCCCUUCUCAUCCAUCCAGCUGAGUGAGAGCGGCAGCGAUUCGGAUGUUGAAUCCGGAGCAAUCCGACCCAAACAGCCGCAGAUGAUGCAGGAGAACACCCGGAUGGGGAUGGAGAACGAGGAGAGUCUGAUGUCCUACGGGGAGGGGAUGGAGACCUCCCAAGGGAUAGAGGACAGUAAUAUCAGUUAUGGAAGUUAUGAAGGACCGGAUCCGAAAUCCCGGGACACCAUUUACAGCAGCAUCGGGGGGUACGAGUUGUCUGAGGAGGAGGAGGAGGAUGAGGAGGAAGAAGAGCGCCUCGGGCCCAACGUACUCCGCCAUGUCCAGCUGUCUGAGGACGAGGACAGCGAGGAGGAUUUCCGAUCUCUUCAUGGAGACACCGACAGUGACAACGAGUAGAAGGAUUCCCGUCUAUGGGAGGGGCCGGCUCCUGCUGGUGAUGUCAUCCAAUAAAAGUCGCUGGAUGAUGAUGAUGUCA